AUGACCGACCGCGACGUUCUUCCCGAUAACAUCAAGCCCUCCCACUAUGUUUUGUCCUUGCGCGACCUCGACUUCAAGGCUUGGACGUACAAGGGCACUGUGACCAUCCAAUCCGAAAUCGUCAAGCCUACCAAAGAGGUUGUCCUCAACGCCCUCGAGCUCAAGGUGCACAAUGCCAAGGUCCAGGUUGACCACACAAAGUCUGAGCAGAAGUGGGAGUCCUCCAAUGUCUCCUACGACGGCAAGGCUCAGCGUGUCACCAUCGCUUUUGACCAGGAGAUCCCCGCUUCCAAAAAGGCUUCCGUCGUCAUCGAGUUCGAAGGUAUCAUCAACAACGAGAUGGCUGGCUUCUACCGCAGCAAAUACAGACCCGCUGAAACCCCCGCCGCCUCGGUCCCCCACGAUGACGAGUGGCACUACAUGCUCAGCACCCAGUUCGAAUCCUGCGAUGCCCGCCGAGCUUUCCCUUGCUUCGACGAGCCUAACCUAAAGGCCACCUACGACCUUGAUGUCGAGAUUCCCGCCGACCAGGUCGCCCUGAGCAACAUGCCGGUCAAGGACAUCAAGCCGUCCAAGGAAGGAUGGCACGUCGUGUCUUUCGAGACUUCUCCUCUUAUGAGCUCCUACCUCCUGGCUUGGGCUGUCGGUGACUUUGAGUACAUCGAGCAGCUGACCGACCGCAAAUACAAUGGAAAGCAGAUCCCAGUCCGUGUCUACACCACCCGUGGUCUUAAGGAACAGGGCCGUUGGGCUCUCCAGCACGCCCCCAAGAUUAUCGAUUACUUCUCCGAGAUCUUCGACAUUGACUACCCGCUGCCCAAGUCUGAUCUGCUUGCUGUCCACGAGUUUACCCACGGCGCCAUGGAGAACUGGGGUCUGGUUACCUACCGCACCACUCAGGUCCUCUUUGACGAGAAGACUUCCGAUAGCCGCUUCAGAAACUCUGUCGCCUACGUCGUGGCUCACGAACUUGCUCACCAAUGGUUUGGCAACUUGGUUACUAUGGACUGGUGGGAUGAGCUGUGGCUCAACGAAGGUUUCGCUACCUGGGUCGGAUGGCAUGCCGUCGACCACCUGCACCCCGAGUGGGAGGUCUGGUCUCAGUUCGUCAAUGAGGGCAUGCAGAAUGCCUUCCGCCUUGACGGUAUUCGCGCCAGUCACUCCAUCCACGUGCCUGUCCGCGAUGCUCUCGACGUGAACCAGAUCUUUGACCACAUCAGCUACCUCAAGGGAUGCUCUGCCAUCCGCAUGCUUGCCAACCAUCUCGGAGUGGAGACUUUCCUCAAGGGUGUCUCCAACUACCUCAAGGCCCACGCCUAUGGCAAUGCCAAGACCAAGGCACUUUGGGAUGCGCUCACUGAGGCCUCUGGCAAGGACAUCAACGAAAUCAUGUAUCCUUGGAUUUCCAAGAUUGGACACCCGGUCUUGACUGUGGAGGAGAAGCCUGGACAAAUUGCCAUCAAGCAGUCCCGUUUCCUGUCUACCGGCGAUGUCAAGCCCGAAGAUGACACCACCACUUGGUGGGUUCCCCUUGGCGUGGCCGGAAAGAAGGGCGAGGCUGGUGUUGCCGAUCUGUCCUUGACCAAGAAGGAGGAUACUAUCCUUGACAUUGAUGAGGAUUUCUAUAAGCUCAACAGCGGCGCAACUGGCUUCUACCGCGUAGCUUACCCUCCCUCUCGCCUGGCCAAGCUGAGCACUCAGCUCGACAAGCUUGGCACCGAGGACAAGAUUUUCACCCUUGGCUCAACUGCGGAUCUUGCUUUCGCCGGCAACAGCUCUUCGUCAGCCCUCCUGAGCUUUAUCCAGGGCUUCCAGAAGGAGACUCAUCCUCUCGUCUGGAGCCAAGUUCUUGACUGCAUUAGAGAACUCAAGUCUGUCUUUGAAGAGGACAAGGAGAUUAAGCAGGGUAUUAACAACUUCACCGUCAAGCUGAUUGAUGAGAAGGUCAAGCAGGUUGGAUGGGAGUUCCCCGAGGGCGAGGAUUACCUUGGCGGUAUUCUGCGCAAGGAACUCCUUCUUAGCGCUCUUUCUGCUGGACACCCCGAGGUCAAGGCGGAAGGUAUCAAGCGAUUCAACGCUUGGGUUGAAAACCCCGAGGCCAACCCCAUCCACCCGUCUCUACGAAGCAUCGUCUGGCGCGCUGGUCUCGCCGACAACGCCGCGCGCAACGUCGAAGUCCUCAAGAAGGAGUGGUUCAGCACCAAGGCCAUCGACGGCAAACUCAUUGUUCUCAGCUGUCUUGCCACUGUGGAAGAUGCCGAUCUUAUCAAGAACAACCUCGUUCCCUUCAACUUCAACUCAUCUCCUCCCCAGAACGCCGUCCCUGCGGCCGAUAUGCACGUGCUUGGUGGCAACCUGGCCGCUCACCCUACUGGCCGUACCAUCCAGUGGGACUUUAUGAAGAACAACUGGGAUCUUGUCGCCGCCAAGCUCGGAAACCCCAUUGUUGUCGACCGCUUCAUUGGCCUUAGCUUGAAACCCUUUACUGACAUUGCCAUCAUUGACGAAGUUGAGGAGUUCUUCAAGGAUAAGGACACGAGCAGCUUUAACCGUACGCUCGAGACGGCCAAGGACAGAAUUAGGGGCAGGGCUUCGUACAAGAAGCGUGACGCUGCUGCGCUGAAGCAGUGGCUCUCGACUAAUGGGUACAACUAA